GGCGGUCGCGGGACAGGCACCAUGAUUCUCACCCCGCUGCGCCCGCUGCUGCGGCUCCUCGUGCUGGGGCUCGGGCUGGUGCUGCUGCGCGCCACGGCCGGAGAGCGAGUGCCAGGCACCACCCCCUGCUCUCGCGGCAGCUCCUGGAGCGCGGACCUAGACAAGUGCAUGGACUGUGCGUCGUGCCCCGCGCGACCGCACAGCGACUUCUGCCUGGGCUGCGCCGCGGCCCCUCCGGCCUCUUUCAGGCUGCUGUGGCCCAUUCUGGGGGGCGCCCUGAGCCUGGUCCUCGUGCUGGGGCUGCUUUCUGGCUUCCUGGUCUGGAGACGGUGCCGCAGGAGAGAGAAGUUUACCACUCCCAUCGAGGAGACCGGCGGGGAGGGCUGCCCUGGCGUGGCGCUGAUCCAGUGACAGUGAGCGGCCCCUUGCCAGCAGGAUGCUGCGUCCGCCCACUCAUCAUUCAUUCAUUCAUUCAUUCUGGAGCCAGCCCUAGCCUCCCAGACACAGCCAGAGCCCCAGGCUGCUCCAGCCACAGGGGUGUGGAGGGAAGGGGGACGAGUGAAUCACCUCCUGAUGCCUAGGCCCAGGCUUCGGAAGAGGCUUCCAAGGUGUCUGCCCAGUCUCUGGCUCCAGAAAAGGAGACCCUGGCUCACUCACACCAGACGGCUGACACUAAGGAAUGGCAGUAUUUGCACAAGGUUCCCCCACCCCCACCACGGCCUGGGAGCCAGGCUGACCUGAGGGACAGACACCACACCAGGCCCCACCCACUCAGAUAUACUGAAUUUCCUCCACAGGGGAUCUCAGCCCUGGGGGUUUAGGGACCUGUUCCUAACACUAGGGGGCUGGCCCUCUAGUGGGGCUGGCCCUAACACACUGCCCCUCCAACCUCCAAAGGGGGGGGAUAUUUAUUUGGGGGAGAAAGUUUUUUUGGGGGGGAGUUUAUUAAAAAAAAUCUUUUAACUUUAAAA